GCCAGUUCUCUUUCUGGAGCCUCUUCAACGCGACGUGGCUCCAGAACGACAAUUCUUUUUUUUUAUCAACAGUGCAAUGGUUAUAAGAUUGCUACUUUGUUUCCUUUUAUUCAAAUUCCAUGCUGGUACGCGCGGGCCACCGGGCGAUCCAGAUUUUGACCCGUUAGAGCACCCGCUGCCGUGCCGGGCUGGGGUUACCAAGGCUUGGGCCUAGGCGUCGAAAGGCGCCCAGAAAUGGGGGAAACUCUCGCUCUGUGGUCGGUGACGACCACAGGGUGCGGGUAGGACCCCACCCUAACCCAAGUUAAAAAGCCUUUAACACAUAACACAGAAACAACUGCCAGAACAUGUCGAAACAUUUUUGCAAAUCGUUUUAAGAAUAAAACAAGAAUUAAUAAGAAACUCAAGCCUCGCGAAAUGAAAUGGGAGAUUAGUAGAUGGUGAUGGUAGCCCCGGGGAAACUCGGGGUUCUGUGGUGUGUUUCAGCCUACCACGGAGUGGACUCUGUCUUUUUGGAAUUUGGAUCGUCAGGGACCUGGAGGCGAAACCGCAGAUCGAAGGUGCUGUCCACCCGCAACUCCUUCGGAAUUUGGAUAAUUAGGAACUUGGAGGCCGAACCACACACCCCUCGGAGAUGCUGUUCACCUGUAACUCCUUUCAGAAUUUGGAUCAUCAAGGACUUGGACGCCGAACAACAGGCCCCUCGGAGAUGCUGUCCAAACGCAACUCCUCUCAGAAUUUGGAUAAUCAAGGACUUGGAGGCCAAACAACAGGCCCCUCGGAGAUGCUGUCCACCUGCAACUCCUCUCAGAAUUUGGAUCAUCAAGAACUUGGACGCCGAACAACAGGCCCCUCGGAGAUGCUGUCCACCUGCAUCUCCUCUCAGAAUUUGGAUCAUCAAGGACUUGGACGCCGAACAACAGGCCCCUUGGAGAUGCUGUCCAUCCGCAACUCUUAGAAUAUGGAUCAUUAAGGACUUGGAGGUCGAACCACAGACCCUUCGGAGAUGCUGUCCAUCCGUAACAUUUCUUCAGUUCGGCUACAUAAAGUAGAAAUCUUAUAAUGAGUUGUACAUAUUUUUCGGCUUCUUUUUUUUUCAAAAAUUACUGUUUAAUUACAAAAUUCAAUAAACGUGGUGAAUUUCGA